AUGCUGAAAAAAAGCAUCGACGCCAAAGUGCGUCCUCUUUCAAACGUCAGUCUUGAAAGAGCCAGUCUUCUAGGAGCUGCUCGCAUCUACGUCAGCAAAGAUUCCCUCAUCUCACUUACCGGCGGCCUUGACAGCGGUCGGCCAUGCAUUAUUGAGAGCCUGCAAACAGAUGAUACCUCUAGCAACGCUUCUGAGGCAGAAAAUAGCAGUAAAAAAAGACGAGAAGCCUCGCUAUGGGCUCUCCCCGAAAAGAACGUCAGUGCCAAUGUGGUCAUGAUGACGAGGGCAUUUCAAGAGGCCACAGGAUUCAAGUUGGGAGAUGUAGUGAGAAUUUCACUCGCGGAGACAGCUAUGCCAGACGCAGAAGAAGUUGUUGUUCAAGAUACCACCAGCGAGGCGGACCAGCAAAAAGACACGGCUGCAGAUUCAAAACACUUCCCAUGCUGGGAAUUUUCCAUCAGCGUCUCUCUGGAUCGUGCGGAACAAGUCUUUCCUGGUAUGACCCUCGAAGGUGUCAAUAUCAACAAGCUGCGUCGGACCUUCAAAGUCAUCUCUGUCAAUGGGCAGUCUCACAAUCUAGCUCGCUUCAAAAUCGCCUCGUCAACAGUACGGAUUCUAAAAUUAGGAGAUGACAGAGAUGCCAUUGAAGAUACACAAACCGCUGCUGAAACUUCCAGUCCAUUGACUGUCACCGGAGUCCCUGGUUUAUCAACUCAAGUCAACACCAUCAACCAGUUUCUCAGGGGCUUUGGCCGGCCUUUCUGGGUUCCAAACGAGCGUGAGUCUUGCGGCUUCGUCAUCCAUGGAGGCCAUGGUACCGGCAAAACUUUUAUUCUCCAGCGCAUUGCCGCUACCAACUGGGGCCGCGUUCACUGGAUUCGGCCCUCAGACAAAUUGUCAUCCAUCAGGGAGACGUUUAAGCAGGCUCAGUCUCAACAGCCAAGUCUGCUUUUCAUUGAUGGUCUUGAAGAUAUCCUCGCCAAAGACCGCUCCAACCGCGACUCUGUCAUCGAAGCGCUCGGCGAAGAGCUCGAUAACCUCUCUGCGGCGGCCUCUGCUUCCAGUGCUCUGCCUCGUGUAGUAGUCAUGGCCACGUGCCAGGAUUAUCUCGCAGAUGUACCAGCCAAGCUUCAGAAACGCUCACGUUUCCGUGAAAACAUUGCUCUGCCUAUCCCUCGAGCAACAGAGCGCCUCGAGAUAUUGCGCUUCUUCAACCCGCCAUUAAGAGCUGAGGAGAAGGAGCCGUGCCUGAUUAGCCUGGCAUCAAAGACGCACGCAUACAACGGAGACGAUCUUGCCAAUCUGGUUUUGAACGCCAAGAAAAUCCUCGGAAACAGACUGGACGACGAAGCUGCUGUCGACGCUGUCGUCGAGGGUGUUAACAGCGUUGAUAUCAAUGCUACACAGGAACAAUCCUCUCAGGAAAAACAGCCACAGCAACACUUUCUUACUUCACAAGACAUGGAGCAAGCCCUUCGCAUCACUCGUCCCACUGCUAUGCACGAUAUCAACCUGAAGCCACCCACCAUCCACUGGCAGGACGUUGGCGGCCAAGAAUCUCUCAAAAAGGUCCUCUCUCGCAUGAUCAAAAAUACAAAGGAUACCAAUCCAUCUUCUCGUCAUGUCCUCCGUCAGCCCCCUAAAGGCCUCCUCCUCUACGGGCCUCCCGGCUGCUCCAAGACGCUCUCUGCUCAAGCCAUGGCUACCGAAUCUUCUUUCAACUUCUUUGCCGUCAAGGGUGCUGAGCUUCUCAACAUGUACGUUGGUGAAUCUGAGCGUGCAGUGCGUACGCUUUUUGAACGAGCCCGGGCUGCUGCCCCUUCUAUCAUCUUCUUUGAUGAAAUAGAUUCCAUUGGUGGCAGUCGAACGGGAGGCAACGGAGCCGCCGCCGCCAGGAGCUCCGGCUCUGUAAAUAUGCUUACGACUCUCCUGACUGAGAUGGAUGGCUUCGAGUCUCUCACUGGUGUUCUGGUGUUGGCUGCUACAAACCGCCCUGAAGCUAUGGAUCCAGCUCUGCUUCGACCGGGUCGUUUUGACCAAAUCCUCUACGUUGGACCUCCUGAUCUCUCCGCCAGAGAAGCCGUCUUUGGCGUGCAUCUGCGGGGCCUCGCCCUCGCAUCAGACGUGGAAAUUCCUGAGCUGGCACGUAUCACAGACGGCUACUCGGGAGCAGAGAUCAAGGCCAUAUGCAACGAAGCCGGCCUUGCGGUGCUAGACAGAUGCGAUGAAGACGAGACAGGCACUGAAAAGAUGGAAAUCAGAAUGGCGGACUUGGUGGCUGCAGUUGAAAAGACACCACGAAACAUUACGGCCAUGAUGAUUUCAGGUUACGAAAUAUGGUCCAGACAAUUUAAACGACUGUAA